ACAACUUCUUCCUCUGUCUUUCUGAGAGAUGUUCAUGUUUUGACAGUAAGGAGGGAGGGGAUCUUAUGUUUUGAUUGAUUGAUUGAUUGAUUGAUUGAUUGAUUGAUAGAGUGUAUUUCAAGCUCAGACAUGCUGUGUUUGAACUCUUUGCGGAUUGUGUGCUCAUCUCGGGCUUUGCUGCACCCAAACCGGCUGAUGUCAGUUUUCAGAGCUGUUACAUAUCCAACACACUGUCUGCCUGUUACCAGCUUCCCCAAAAAGGACACAUGGAUCAGCAGCAUGAACCUAGGAGCACUUGGAAAAGGAAGACAGAUAAUUUAUUGCACUAAUCAAGUCCAAUCUUCAAGGAAUUACUGUGCAGCUCAAAUGAAACUGAACUGCUGGAGCUGCAAACAGCCUCUUGAUAAAACACCUGCAUUUUUCUGCUUGUCAUGCAAAGUAGUCCAGCCCCCUGAAGAAGAUACUUCCUACUUCAAGAUCAUGGAUUGUGACUGCACAUUCACACUGGACACACAAAAGCUGCAGAAAAGAUACUUGCAGCUCCAGCGGUUUCUACAUCCAGACAACUUCAGCCAGAAAUCUGUGAAAGAACAGGAGUAUUCAGAGCACCAGUCGGCUCUUGUGAAUAAAGCAUACACGACUCUGCUUAAGCCUUUGAGUCGUGGUCUUUAUAUGCUGGACCUGGAGGGGAUGAGUAUAGAAGAGGGCACCAGCUUUGGAGGUGAUCCGCAGUUUCUAAUGGAGGUGAUGGAGAUCAAUGAAGCUCUUGAUGGAGCACAGACUUCAGAAGAAGCCAAUAAGAUCGGCCAAGACACAAAAGGGAAGCUGGCAGACUUGACGGAGCAGAUAGACGCUGCCCUUCGUAAAGGAGAGCUUCAAACAGCAAAAGCGCUGCUUGCCCAAAUGAAAUACUUUGCAAACAUCGAUGAGAAAGUGAAAGAAAAACUUUCAGAGUUUAUGUAAACCCCCCCCCCCCCCCCCACACCCACACCCACACCCACCCUUGCCAAUAUUGUGUCACUUUAUAUUUUUAGCCACUUAAAAGAUGUGUACAG